AUCUGGAACCGUUGCCAGUUCAAGAUGAGCCCACCCCCUGAAUGUCUGAGUUUCAUUGUCUCACUCAGUUUAGACUGUGUAUCCACAGGGUUCCGGCAAGGGCUUGCAGGUGCAUCGGCUCUUUCUGGUUUUGUUUGUAAGGAAGGGGGUGGCUUCAGAGCCCAUAACAGGCAGGGUUCAUAGUCUUACAAGUACUUGCCUGAGGAUUACUACACAGACAGUGCUUUGUUUUUUGUUUUGUCUUCUUUUUUACGAGGACAAAGCUGCUUAGUCCCAGCCAUGAGGAAAACCAGUGAGUAUUUGGUUGCUUAGGGCAUGGAGCUGGGGAACUAUGAGCAGCCCGUGGUUCUAAGAGAGGACAACCUCCGCCGGCGCCGGAGGAUGAAGCCACGCAGCGCCGCCGGCAGCCUGUCCUCCAUGGAGCUCAUCCCCAUCGAGUUCAUCCUGCCCACCAGCCAGCGCAUCAGCAAGACUCCAGAGACAGCGCUGCUGCACGUGGCUGGCCACGGCAACGUGGAGCAGAUGAAAGCCCAGGUGUGGCUGCGCGCCCUGGAGACCAGCGUGGCUGCCGAAUUCUACCACCGGCUGGGCCCGGACCACUUCCUCCUGCUCUACCAGAAGAAGGGACAGUGGUAUGAGAUCUACGACAGGUACCAGGUGGUGCAGACCCUGGACUGCCUGCGCUACUGGAAGACGAUGCACAAGAGCCCCGGCCAGAUCCACGUGGUGCAGCGACAUGCGCCGUCGGAGGAGACCCUGGCGUUCCAGAAGCAGCUCACCUCGCUGAUUGGCUACGACGUCACUGACAUCAGCAACGUGCACGACGAUGAGCUAGAGUUCACUCGCCGCCGCCUGGUCACGCCUCGCAUGGCAGAGGUGGCUGGCCGUGAUGCCAGACUCUACGCUAUGCACCCUUGGGUGACGUCCAAACCUCUCCCCGACUACCUGUCCAAAAAGAUCGCCAACAAUCGCAUCUUCAUCGUCAUCCACCGCAGCACCACCAGUCAAACCAUCAAGGUCUCCGCAGACGACACCCCUGGCGCCAUCCUCCAGAGCUUCUUCACCAAGAUGGCCAAGAAGAAGUCCCUGAUGGACAUCCCCGAGAGCCAAAGUGAGCAGGACUUUGUGCUGCGGGUCUGCGGCCGCGACGAGUACCUGGUGGGAGAAACGCCCCUCAAAAACUUCCAGUGGGUGAGGCAGUGCCUCAAGAACGGGGGUGAAAUACACCUGGUGCUCGACACGCCCCCAGACCCAGCCCUAGACGAGGUAAGGAAGGAAGAAUGGCCGCUGGUGGACGACUGCACCGGGGUCACCGGCUACCACGAGCAGCUGACCAUCCACGGCAAGGACCACGACAGUGUGUUCACGGUGUCCUUGUGGGACUGUGACCGCAAGUUCAGGGUCAAGAUCCGAGGCAUUGACAUCCCAGUCCUGCCCCGGAAUGCCGACCUCACCGUUUUUGUGGAAGCGAACAUCCAGCACGGGCAACAAGUCCUUUGCCAGAGGAGAACCAGCCCUAAGCCCUUCACGGAAGAGGUGCUCUGGAAUGUGUGGCUGGAGUUCGGCAUCAAAAUCAAAGACUUGCCCAAAGGUGCCCUGUUGAACCUCCAGAUCUACUGCUGCAAAACGCCAACACUGUCCAGCAAGGCUUCUGCAGAGACGCCAGGCUCCGAGUCCAAGGGCAAAGCCCAGCUUCUCUACUAUGUAAACUUACUGUUAAUAGACCACCGGUUCCUGCUACGCCACGGGGACUACGUGCUCCACAUGUGGCAAAUAUCCGGGAAGGCGGAAGAGCAAGGCAGCUUCAAUGCUGACAAGCUCACAUCUGCAACCAAUCCCGACAAGGAGAACUCAAUGUCCAUCUCCAUCCUGCUAGACAACUACUGCCACCCCAUAGCCCUGCCUAAGCAUCAGCCCACCCCUGACCCGGAAGGAGACAGGGUCCGAGCUGAAAUGCCCAAUCAGCUCCGCAAGCAACUGGAGGCGAUCAUAGGCACAGAUCCACUUAACCCCCUCACAGCAGAGGACAAAGAACUGCUCUGGCACUUUAGAUAUGAAACCCUGAAGCAUCCGAAAGCGUACCCUAAGCUAUUCAGUUCAGUGAAAUGGGGACAGCAAGAAAUUGUGGCCAAAACAUACCAGCUGUUAGCCAGAAGGGAGGUCUGGGAUCAAAGUGCUUUGGAUGUUGGCUUAACCAUGCAGCUCUUGGAUUGCAAUUUUUCAGAUGAAAACGUAAGAGCCAUUGCAGUUCAGAAACUGGAGAGCUUGGAGGACGAUGAUGUCUUGCAUUACCUUCUCCAGCUGGUGCAGGCUGUGAAAUUUGAACCAUACCAUGACAGUGCCCUGGCCAGGUUCCUGCUGAAGCGUGGCUUGAGAAACAAAAGGAUCGGUCACUUCUUGUUCUGGUUUUUGCGAAGUGAGAUAGCCCAGUCCAGACACUAUCAGCAGAGGUUCGCUGUGAUCCUGGAAGCGUACCUGCGGGGCUGCGGCAUGGCCAUGCUGCAGGACUUCACACAGCAGGUCCAAGUGAUCGAGAUGUUACAGAAAGUCACCAUUGACAUCAAAUCACUCUCUGCUGAGAAGUAUGACGUCAGUUCCCAAGUUAUUUCACAGCUUAAGCAAAAGCUUGAAAACCUGCAGAAUUCCAGUCUCCCCAAGAGCUUCAGAGUUCCCUAUGAUCCUGGACUGAAAGCAGGCACCCUGGUGAUUGAAAAGUGUAAAGUAAUGGCCUCCAAGAAAAAGCCCCUGUGGCUUGAGUUUAAAUGUGCUGAUCCUACAGUCCUAUCCAAUGAAACCAUUGGGAUCAUCUUUAAACACGGCGAUGAUCUUCGUCAAGACAUGUUGAUCUUACAGAUUCUACGCAUCAUGGAGUCCAUUUGGGAGACUGAAUGUCUGGACCUGUGCCUGCUGCCCUAUGGCUGCAUCUCAACUGGAGACAAAAUAGGAAUGAUCGAGAUCGUGAAGGAUGCCACAACCAUCGCUCAGAUUCAGCAAAGCACAGUGGGUAACACGGGGGCAUUCAAGGAUGAAGUCCUGAGCCACUGGCUCAAGGAAAAAUGUCCUAUUGAAGAAAAGUUUCAGGCAGCAGUAGAGAGGUUCGUUUACUCCUGUGCCGGCUACUGUGUGGCGACAUUCGUUCUUGGAAUAGGUGACAGACACAAUGACAACAUUAUGAUUUCAGAGACAGGAAACCUAUUUCACAUAGACUUUGGACACAUUCUGGGGAAUUACAAAAGUUUCCUGGGCAUUAAUAAAGAGAGAGUGCCAUUUGUCCUAACUCCAGACUUCUUGUUUGUGAUGGGAACUUCUGGAAAGAAAACAAGCCCACACUUCCAGAAAUUUCAGGACAUCUGUGUCAGGGCUUACCUAGCUCUCCGCCAUCACACAAACCUGCUCAUCAUCCUCUUCUCCAUGAUGCUGAUGACGGGAAUGCCCCAGUUGACAAGCAAAGAAGACAUUGAAUACAUCCGGGACGCCCUCACGGUGGGGAAAAGCGAGGAGGACGCUAAGAAGCAUUUCCUGGAUCAGAUUGAAGUCUGCAGAGACAAAGGGUGGACAGUGCAGUUCAACUGGUUCCUCCAUCUCGUUCUUGGCAUCAAACAAGGAGAGAAACACUCUGCUUAGUAUUCAGUGCUAGAGCCAAAAGCAAUUCUGUGUUCAAAGCUUUGAAAUCAGCGUGUGUCAGUCAUCAGGCUUCUAUUUCAAAUGCAAUAGGACACUCUGAACACUGACACUUCAGAAAUACAGUUUUCCCCAGCUGAACUCUGAACUCUUUCUUCACCAAAGGAAAAACGUUGGCAUUAAUGAUGGUUUGAUUAAUAUUCUGUGUGUGGCUUCUUGGCUGGGUUUUUUUCUCCCUCUCGGUCUCCAUGAUGUUGACCAAUAUUCUAAGUUUAAAUAGACUGGUGGCUUGCUUAUCAUGCCUGAUGAUCAUGUAUCGAGUGUCUCUGAGGUUCUUUAGUGGAGUAGUUGGUGAUUGUAGAGUAGAUUGUAGUUCUUUAGUAGAGUAGUUGGUGAUUGUAGAGUAGAUUGUAGUUCUUUAGUGGAGUGCUUGGUGAUUGUAGAGUAGAUUGUAGUUCUUUAGUGGAGUGCUUGGUGAUUGUAGAGUAGAUUGUAAUUCUUUAGUGGAGUGCUUGGUGAUUGUAGAGUAGAUUGUAGUUCUUUAGUGGAGUUCUUGGUGAUUGUAGAGUAGAUUGUAGUCCUUUAGUGGAGUGCUUGGUGAUUGUAGAGUAGAUUGUAGUCCUUUAGUAGAGUACUUGAUUGUAGAGUAGAUUGUAGUCCUUUAAUGGAGUAGUUGGUGAUUGUAGAGUAGAUUGUAGUCCUUUAAUGGAGUAGUUGGUGAUUGUAGAGUAGAUUGUAGUCCUUUAGUGGAGUGCUUGGUGAUUGUAGAGUAGAUUGUAGUCCUUUAGUAGAGUACUUGAUUGUAGAGUAGAUUGUAGUUCUUUAGUGGAGUGCUUGGUGAUUGUAGAGUAGAUUGUAGUCCUUUGAUGGAGUAGUUGGUGAUUGUAGAGUAGAUUGUAGUUCUUUAGUGGAGUGCUUGGUGAUUGCAGAGUAGAUUGUAGUUCUUUAGUAGAGUAGUUGGUGAUUGUAGAGUAGAUUGUAGUCCUUUAAUGGAGUAGUUGGUGAUUGUAGAGUAGAUUGUAGUUCUUUAGUGGAGUAGUUGGUGAUUGUAGAGUAGAUUGUAGUCCUUUAGUGGAGUGCUUGGUGAUUGCAGAGUAGAUUGUAGUCCUUUAGUGGAGUGCUUGGUGAUUGCAGAGUAGAUUGUAGUUCUUUAGUAGAGUACUUGGUGAUUGUAGAGUAGAUUGUAGUCCUUUAGUGGAGUGCUUGGUGAUUGCAGAGUAGAUUGUAGUCCUUUAGUGGAGUGCUUGGUGAUUGCAGAGUAGAUUGUAGUUCUUUAGUAGAGUACUUGGUGAUUGUAGAGUAGAUUGUAGUUCUUUAGUAGAGUACUUGGUGAUUGUAGAGUAGAUUGUAGUUCUUUAGUGGAGUGCUUGGUGAUUGUGGAGUAGAUUGUAGUCCUUUAGUAGAGUACUUGGUGAUUGUAGAGUAGAUUGUAGUUCUUUGGUAGAGUACUUGGUGAUUGUAGAGUAGAUUGUAGUUCUUUGGUAGAGUACUUGGUGAUUGCCCCACGUGUUUACUAUGCAUUUUGUCUUCCCUGUGUUCUUCAAGCUCCUGACAGAAAAGGGUGCAAGCACUGCCAAUCUCCACUGCAUUCUCCAAACGUUUCUAAGCAUUCCCUCUGUGCCCACAGACGCUGGUGACAUGCUAGAAGCAAGGAGUGCCAGUUAGCCUUCUGAGUGCCUUUAGCAAUCAGUCUCACCGUGUGCAGCUGGGGUGCAUAGGUGCUGAAGCAAACUCCCAGCCUGAGCCUUGACCCUCCCCUGCCGGCGUGGCUCUCGGGUUAUGGCUAUGGAAAAUGGAGGUAAGACCUUUUCCCAAGAGUGAACCACCUAGUACAACCUGUACUUCUCUGGCGCAGAAGCAGGUGACUAAAUGGACCCUUGGAUCGCUGCACAUUCAUCCCCCUGCCCCGCCUCCCACCUCUCCACCUCCUGCAUGUACCCCUGAACUUGGGAAAUCUUCAAGGACAGUUUCUCCCAACAUACCAAGUGGCUUGAAAAAGAAAGUCUGCUCUAGGCAUACAAGAAUUAUAGGAACUUAUUUGUGGAGCUGCUCCAUGGAUUUUUUAAAAAAUAUGUUAUUAAAAGAUGGGUUCCAGAAAAUAUUAGUUUCUAAAUGCUUUAAUUUCACAUUUUGAAUCUGAACAGUUUUUUUUAAUGGAAGGAGUUACUGCUAUCAAAUGUAUUCUAAGCUUAUAACACAAUUUCAUAUUCAUCUUUCAAAACUUGAGACAUUCUGGGGUUCAUAAAGAACCAUCUUCUUUAAAGUACUUUCUCAUUUCUUAAAUGUUAUGUUGUUUGUUAUUAGUGUUGAUCUACCCUUAGAGAGAGUUCAAUAAAUUACCUAAUCAAAUAUCUUUACUUGUCACUAGUCCCAUAGAAAAUGCUGUCAUUGGUGUCCAUAUUUAAAUAUUAUCAGAUACUUUUUCUGAUUUUUAAAAUUUCAUAAUAGACUCCACUUAGAUGGAGCCCAACCUUUCUUACGUGUUUGCAUAAGCCAUGUAGCACCUAAUUCUGUUUCAAAUAAGAAUCAUUGGGGACACUUUAAAAAUGCAAGGGCAUUUUUUAAAUCACCUUACUCUCAGAGUAUAAUUUCAUCAGUUUGAGAUGAGCCUGGGCACCAUUUUCUAAGAACUCCAGUUGAAUCUAAUAUACGCGCAGGGGAAGAAGCCUUAUGUGUCCCGUGAAGCUGUAGGUAACCCUCCUUUCUCACUGGGCCUUCCGUGACUCAUAGCUAUCCUGGAAACUAACCCUUUUCAAACCAUGCUGUCUCCUGUGCAGAGAGCCAGACCCCAUGCUGAAACUUUAUUCUCUCUAUGAUGGAGGUCAGAUGUUUUAUGGCAUUUCCACACCACGGUUCCUGCUAAUCUAAGAACAGGAAGAGUGAUGCAUUCUAACUCCAAUGAGAAGCCAUUCCUAGGCUUCCAAAGAGAGUCAUGCACACUUUGCACAGACUUUGUCUUCCAUUUGAAUUGCUGAAAUUACCAUUGAUAAACUAAUUACAGAGUGUAUCUAUAUUUAGUUUUUGACACACAUACACACAAAUUAGUUCUUUAAAUGAACCAGCUUUUUUAUAAAGCUGAAAACCAUGACACCACAUACUGGGUUUCAUUUGAGGGAGGGCCUAGGCCUUCUUUCUUGUAUCUGGGCUGCAAUAGUAUCCUUCCAUAGGGAAUGGACUCCCAAAGUCCAUUUGUGCACUAGGGAUAAACACUGGAUCCACUGUUAGAGGUUCCAUAGACCUCCCAGGCCUCCUAUCUGGCACCCACAUUCAGAGGGCUUGGUUCAGUCCAAUGCUGUUCCCCAGCUUUACAGCUAGGGGCUCUGUGCUCUCACUAGGUCAGGUCUGCUGCUUCUGUGGGUUUCUCCAACAUGGUCUUGGCUCCUUUGCUCAUCCCUCCUCCCUCUCUACAACUGGAUUCCAGGAGUUUAGCCUCCAACAGGAGGAAUAGAGGAGAGCAACAAAAGAGACACCUUAAUAGAGGGAGCCGGUAUAGGUUUAAAGAGAAAGCCAUGGCAACACCUUAAAGAAAGCAAACUUUUCCUCUCCCAGGAACUAUUAAUUGCUAAUAGUUCCUGGCUAGGGGUGGGGCUUGUACCCUCUGAUCUCCCUGCUGGGAUUAGGUCUGGCUUGAACUUUCAUGGAGGAUUGUUAUAACUGCUUCAAGUUCACGUGUGCAGUGGCCCUGCUGUGCCCACAGGACGUUCUUUUCUUGAAUUGUUCACCAUCUUGUCUCUUACAGUCUCUCUGUCCCUCUUCGUGUGAUCACUGAACCUGGAGGAAUUUUCCAGUUAGGACUGAAUAUUGUACAAGCUGUUAAGCUCUGCACUGUGGCCAUUUGUUUUUGUUUUUUUUUUAACUUAGGCUUUCCUUUUUUUUUUAAGAUUUGUUUAUGUAUACAGUGUUCUGUCUGUAUGCAGGCCAGAAGAGGGCACCAGAUCUCAUUACAGAUGGUUGUGAGCUACCAUGUGGUUGCUGGGAAUUGAACUCAGGACCUCAGGAAGAGCAGCGAGUGCUCUUAACCUCUGAGCCACCUCUCCAGCCCCAUGUCUCUAUGGUAGCUGUUAUCUCCUGCAAAUAGACACUUUCUGAUGUGGGUUGAGAGAUGUACUGCUCUAUGAGUAUAACAACAAGUCAUUUAGGGUCAACUAAGGGAGCUCUGUAGCAUCUUUUGGAAGCUGUUGGUCCUAUAUUAAUGGCAAUUGAUUAUAUUUUUAAAUAUAUUAGAAAAUACAAUUGUGAAAUUGCAAUACUUGUCUUUUGCAGGAUAGGCAUUGUUUUCUAUAAUUGGCAAUUAUGUUUAAGAUGUGAAGAGAAUAAAAUAAGCUAGGAUUUCUUAAAGAUUCUGUUAACUGAUUUCCAGUUUUAGCCAACCUAAUAAUUCUGCCGAACACAUUGGAUUCCACUCUUAGUGCUUGUUCACAUGUUUUGAAAAGCUCAUCUCAGGACAGACGCCAGGGAAUUCUUAAGCACAUGCGUGGCUGGCCCUAUCUGGCAGCUAAGAUGGUCUCUUGUAUUUUAAUUACAAGUUUUAAUUUAAAUUAAAAAAAAGAACUUGA